GCGCGGGACGCGGCCCAGCCGCUGUGGACACUCUUCUUCCCAAAAGGCUUCCUGGGGGUCCCCAGUUUCGCCCAGCGCCCUGCGCGCCAUGUUCCGGGGGAAGCGCGGGAGCCGGGUGGGCGCCCUGGAGGAGGGGACGCCGUUCAUGUCCCCGCAGCUCCCAGAGUCGGUGGCUGAGAGGGUUCUGCUUCGGGGCAUCUUCGAGAUCCGGAGGGAAAGCUGUGACGUGGUGCUGGGCGAGAGGACCCUGCGGUGGCGGCGCAUCCAGCCCGAGCUCCCGACGGGUGGUUCCAAGUGUCACCUGCCAGGCAAAGAAGAGUCCAUAGAACUGGAAGGCAUAUUUUCCGUGAAGCUGAAGCGGCGCUGUUCUGUGAAGCAGCAGGGCCAAGGCACGCUGCUGGGGAUCACCCUCUUCAUCUGCACGAAGGAGCAGCCCAACAAGCUAAAGGAUUCUACACUUAAUCUUAUCAACUUGAGUGAAGACCACUGUGACAUGUGGUUCAGAGAGUUCAAGAAAAUUCUGGAAGGUUUCCCAAGCAGGCCUAAGGCUCUAAAGAUCCUCCUCAACCCUCAGAGUCACAGGAAGGAGUCUGUCCAAGUCUACUAUGAGAAGGUGGAGCCUCUGCUGAAACUUGCGGGGAUUAAGACGGAUGUGACAAUAACAGAAUAUGAAGGGCAUGCCCUGUCCCUGCUUGACAGAUGUGAACUCCAGGGAUUUGAUGGGAUUGUCUGUGUUGGUGGAGAUGGAUCUGCUAGUGAAGCCGCCCAUGCCCUGCUCCUCCGAGCUCAGAAGGAUGCUGGGGUGGAGAUGGACUGCCUCCUGACUCCCACGGGAGCUCAGCUUCCCCUUGGCCUAAUACCAGCAGGAUCUACGAAUGUAUUGGCACAUUCUCUUUGUGGAAUUCCUCACGUGGUGACUGCAACUAUGCACAUUAUAAUGGGUCACAUACAGUCAGUAGACGUCUGCACCUUCAGCUCUGCUGGCAAGCUUCUUCGCUUUGGGUUCUCAGCCAUGUUUGGCUUUGGUGGAAGGACUUUGGCUCUGGCAGAGAAAUACCGAUGGAUGUCCCCUAGUCAGCGGAGAGAGUUUGCUGUACUCAAAACCUUGGCCAAGCUUCAGCCAGAGGAUUGCAAAGUAUCAUUUUUACCAGCUGGAUGCCCUCAGGAUGAACAAGAAAGAAAUGCACAGCAAUCUCCAGAGUCUGAAAGUGCUGGUGAAUGGCAAACCAUCCAAGGGCAGUUUUUGAAUAUCAGCAUCAUGGCAAUCCCCUGUCUGUGUUCAGUGGCACCCAGGGGCUUUGCCCCCAACACCAGGUUAAACAAUGGCAGCAUGGCUCUCAUAGUGGUACGGAACACCACUCGACAAGAGUUUGUAAAGCACCUGAAAAGGUACUCCAGCAUAAAGAAUCAGUUCAAUUUUCCUUUUGUGGAGACUUACACCAUUGAAGAAGUGAAAAUUCACCCAAAGAGUCAUAGCAGUGGAUACAGUCAGCAGGAGGAGGGUGGGGACCAAGCAACUCUUCCAGAAAACACUUUUCCUUGGAAUGUAGAUGGUGACUUAAUGGAAGCUGCCUCCGAGGUCCACAUUAGACUGCACCCAGGACUGAUCAGGCUUUAUGGAGGAAGCCUGGAAGAAAUGAAUGAUUUCAAAGUAGCGUGUAAUUGCAUAUAGAAGAAAUAUGUACAGUAGAAAUGUAUUAUGAAGGAAUCUGGCAUGCAAUAUAUAUACAAAUAGAAAAUGAAUUUUUGAAUGAAAAUGUCUAUCUAAAAUAUCUAUUUUAAUGCAAUUAAAAAUAGUAUCUAAGUGUUUGAAAAUCAAGAUAAAAAAUAUGAAAUCCUGAUAUUUGGAAGGCAUUUGUUGGAUCUAAUAAACAUCCUGCUAUAUCAAAAUUAUUGAAGAUAAUUCUUAUUAUUAAUUUUUAAUGAUUUCCUGUAGCAUGAUAAAAUACAGAUUUUAUAAAAUUUCCAACUCCUCAGGGAGCUAGUAAUAUAACCAUGAACAACCACUUAAUUAAAAAGUUUUUCCACUUAGGCUAUUGCCCCCCAACUCAAGUACAUAAUGGCGUCUUUGGAAGUAACAAGACUCUUAAGCUUAUUAUACAGGUAAACUUCUAAGUUUACAAUAAGUAAUAUUUAAACAUAUACAUAAAGUAUCUUUCUAACUGGCCAAGUAUCAAAAACUUGGCCCAGGAGGUAGCUGUGUUCCUUUGGACCUGAAAGUCAGGGGUGGGGCGGUCACAGCACUCAGUUGUCAGUGUAAUAAUCCAAAUUUACGUUUCCUCAGAGACCGUCCCUUAAAAAGAUAGGUCUAAACUGAUACUGAUUUUCAUGGAUUAAUACGGACACCUUCAUGAGAUAACUACUUGAAUUUGUAUGAGAAAACCAUAAAUAUAUACCUUUUAUACAAAAAAAUUCUUUAAAAAUACAUUUAAAUAUGUUUUCUCGUGCAUAUGAACCCGGAGUUGAUGUUUUGUACUCAAGUUUCGUAGCUCCGAAACCCCAGCACACCCUUGUUUUCCAGCCGCAGACCACGGGCCCGUGAACAGGCAGCUGUCAAGAAUCAGGAAACCCGAGGAAGGGCCGGCUGGCAGCAGGGAUUUCCUGUAAAGCAAUCUUUCUUAACAGUGAAGGCUGCCACUUUUACCCGACCCAUGUUCAAAGCCUGGCCGCAGCUUUCUUAUGCAUAAAAGAUCCAGAUGAGAAAUUUAUAUUUAUCAGACCAUGUGUACGGAAUGAAUAGUACAAAAAUGGUUAUGUAAAAACCCAGGUAGAAGACGGUUCACUUUAAAGUAAAGCCUUGUGUAGCAUCAAACGUACGUAUCUCACGGGAACGUCAAUCACAUCCUGUCCCUGCAUACAAGCAUCACCAGUGACUUGCUGUUCCAUCUGUGCUUCUCCGUCUCUAUAGCAAUGCUUUUUACAGCCCUGGUUACUGCGUGAUUCAACAGAACGAGGAAAACAACAACAUCGUGGCAGGUAUUCGUGUUUGCUUCAUUUGAAACAGUGAACGCUUUGACAUGUCGGCUCCCUCGCCCUUCUUUGCAGUUUGAAAUCACCAGUGAGUGAUGGUUCAUAUUAUAACAGCUAAAGUGUGAUGUUAGGCUCUGCAAUGAGAAGACAAUCCUUAAGAACAGGUUUUACAAAUAGAGAAUUGAAAAAAAUUAUUCCUGGAUGCUGUUGAUAAAACAGGUGGAUGGUAAUUGUAUCUCAGAAAAGUUUAUAUAUAUAAAAAGAAGAGUCCACAACUGGCCACUUUUGCAGGAUCCACGCGUGUCCAGAAACCAUCCUGUGCUGCACAGAUGUUGUUCAUCAGGCAUUUAAAACUCAUAUCUGCCGAAUAAAAGGACCAUAGGGAGAGAGCCCAGGGAUGAUGUGCUCCAAAGGACAAUCUUCCAAUGUUUUAGUUCCACUGUUUUAGAAUGAUUUAUCCAUUAGACCACUGUUAUCCAUUAGAAACUCUGGAAACAGUUCUUUGAAAGAUUCUCAAUGGCUUCAAAGGUCAUCAUUAUAUUUUGAAAAUGUCUCAAGUGUAUUUGAAACCCACAAGUGCCCUUUCUGUGGCAUUGAUCUCACCGUCGUGAGCCCGUGUAGUCCA